AUGUCUCUUUCCCCGGGAUCGACAGUCAGAGUCGGCACCAUGCAGGACGCCGCAGAAAAGGACAAGGUUGUCACGACGGACGACGUCGUCCACAGCAACGACAGCACAGACAUAGAGGCCGAUGGCGGGAAGGAGGCAGCCGGCGCAGCCGAAGACGUGGCCGAGAUGACGGUUGGGGCAGGGGAAUUGAGCCGAAGGCGGUCACGUGCCGACAUGGACCCAGCGUUUGAGGUGCGAUUUGCGGCGGGCGACGUCGAGGAUCCGCACAACCGCAGCCCGGCGACCAAGGCCGGCCUGACGCUUCUUCUCGGCGGGCUGGCCUUUGCGGGAUCGCUGGGGAGCUCGAUCGUGGCGCCGGCGCAGGCAGCCAUCGCGGCCGAGAUGGCCAUCAGCCGGGAGGUGACGGUCCUGCUGAUGUCGCUCUUCCUGCUGGGCUUUGCGGUCGGGCCGAUGGUCUGGGCACCGGUCAGCGAGGCGUACGGGCGACGCUGGUCGAUGCUGCCGGCGCUGAUGGUGCUCGGGCUCUUCAGCAUCGGGUCAGCCCGCAGUCGGACGCCGGCAGCCCUUCUGGCAACACGGCUAUUGGGCGGCGUUUUUGGCAGCGCGCCCGUCAGCAACGUCACGGCCGCGCUGGGCGACCUCUUUGCGCCGCGGCAGCGUGGCGUCGCUAUGGCUUUCUACUCGCUCUGCGUCGUCGGCGGCCCGUUUCUGGCUCCCGUCAUCGGCGCCGCCGUUGUGGCCGAUCCGCGUCUCGGCUGGCGCUGGACCCUCUAUCUCGAGGCCAUCGUCGCUUUUUCCGUCACCCUCGCUGCCUUUGUCCUGCUGCCCGAGACGUAUGCGCCCGUGCUGCUGGCCCGUCGGGCUGCCCGUCUGCGCGCCCUUCCGCCAGCUGACGGCGGCGACAGCCGCUUUUGGCACCCCCACGACCUCAAGCCCGUCACACUCCGCAACGUCGUGUCCAAGCAUCUCAGCCGCCCUCUUCGCAUGCUCUUCACCGAGCCUAUCGUCUCGUGUGUCGCCGCUUACGCCUCCUUUGUCUAUGCCCUCAUCUUCCUUGUGCUCGAGGUCUACCCCAUCGUCUUUCGCGAGCAGCGCUGCUAUGGCCCCGUCGUCGCCUAUCUACCCUACCUCGGCCUCUUUGUCGGCGCACUCUCUGCCGUCGUCAUCAACCUGGCCAACCAGCCGCUCUACCUCCGUGCUGUCGAUCGCAAUAACGGCCGUGCCGUUCCCGAGGCCCGCCUCCCGCCCAUCUUCGUUGGCGGCUGUCUACUCCCGGCUGGCCUCUUUUGGUUCGCCUGGACGGCCAAGCCUAGCGUACCCUGGCCCGUUCCCACUGUUGCUGGCGGCUUCAUCGCCGCCGGCUUCAACAUCAUCUUCCAGCAGUGUCUCAACUACCUCAUCGACUGCUAUGGCCGCUAUGCUGCCAGCGCUACCUCUGCCAACACCAUCCUUCGCUCCCUGCUAGCCUGCUGCCUGCCUCUGGCCGCUCGUCCCAUGUUCAUCAACAUGGGCGUCGGGCCUACUGCCAGCCUCCUCGGCGGCAUCUCCUGUGUCGCCCUGCCCCUUCCCUUUUUGCUUAUGCGCUACGGCGCCCGCUUGCGCGCCAUGUCCAAGUUCGUCGACUGA